AUGAGUGGUAAAUUUGUCCGUGCAUCCAAAUAUAGACAUGUCUUUGGGCAAGCAGUCAAGAAGGAAUUGCAAUAUGAAAAUGUCAAGGUGACCAAUAAUGCAUGGGAUUCCAAUGUCAUUAAGACAAACGGGAAAUUCAUCUCUGUGAACUGGAACGCCUCUGGUGGUGGUGCAUUUGCUGUGAUUCCAGUUGCAGAAGUUGGGAAGUGCCCAGACCAAGUUCCCCUAUUUAGAGGCCAUACUGCUCAGGUUUUAGACACUGAUUUCGAUCCAUUUAAUGACCAUAUCAUUGCUUCAAGUUCUGAUGAUUCCAAGAUUGGAAUCUGGAAAAUCCCAGAGGAUUAUUCAUUUCAACAUUACCUCGACCCUGAUGGAGAACCUAAGAAUAUUAAGCCGGUGAAGUUUUUGUCUGGUCAUUCUAGAAAGGUUGGUCAUGUUUUAUUCCAUCCAGUCGCUGAAAAUGUCCUUGCUUCAUCAUCUUUGGACUAUACUGUCAAGUUGUGGAAUAUUGAGACAGGCGAAGCCGUGAUCACUUUGAAGCAUCCAGAUAUGGUUACUUCAAUGUCCUUUUCAUACGGUGGGAAUCAUUUAGCUACAGUAUGCCGUGAUAAGAAAUUAAGAGUAUGGGACAUUAGAGAGGGUAAAAUUGUUAGUGAAGGCCCUGCACAUGCAGGCGCCAAGAACCAGCGUGUGGUUUGGUUAGGAAAUUCCGAUAGACUGGCUACCACUGGGUUCUCCAGAUUAAGUGAUCGUCAAAUCGGUAUUUGGGAUGCAUUUAAUUUGGAAAAGGGUGAUUUGGGUGGAUUUUACACUGUGGAUCAAUCCUCUGGUAUCUUGAUGCCAUUCUACGACGAUGGGAAUAAAAUCCUUUAUCUGGCUGGUAAAGGUGAUGGUAAUAUUAGGUAUUAUGAAUUUCAAAAUGAUGAAUUGUUUGAAUUAUCUGAAUUCCAAUCCACUGAAGCUCAAAGAGGGUUCGCUGUUGCACCAAAGCGUAUGGUCAACAUUAAGGAAAACGAAGUAUUGAAAUGUUUUAAAACUGUGGUUGAUCAACGUAUCGAACCAAUAUCUUUCCACGUCCCAAGAAGAUCCGAAGAGUUUCAAGAAGAUAUUUAUCCUGAUGCACCAUCCUCUAAACCAGCUUUGAGUGCUGAAGAAUGGUUUUCUGGAAAAUCUGUAGGGGGACCUAUCCUUGUUAGUUUAAAGACUGUAUUUGAUGGAUCUGCACCAUUAUUUCACGAUGCCAAGAAGGAAACCACACCAAAGCCUAAAGAGGAAGAAGUGAAGGAAAAGACUCCUUCAACGAAGGAAACUUCAACACCAAAACAAGAAGAAAAGCAAGCAAGUCAAGAAGCGAUUAAGAAGAAUUCUCCAUCUCCCUCAGUAACUCCAAGUGCUUCCACUUUGGGAGAUGUAUUGAAAGCUGAUAACUCUGUCGAUAAAUUAUUGCAAAAGUCGUCAACUUUAGAUUCAAUUAAUGCUGCUGAGGAUCCUUCAAAAGAUACCUCCAAUUGGGAUGAAGAAGAUGAUAAACCAGCACCAGUGGAAAUAAGCAAACCCAUUGAAAAAACACCUUCGCCUAAGAAGGAAGUUAGUAAACCUGAACCGAAAGUAACGGUCACCCCACAACAAGAGAAGAAAGAACCAGUAUCAAUAGCAACCGAUAGAGUAGAUGCAUCCUCCAAGUCUGUUGAAACUAAACCAACUGCUACAGCAACAGUAACAACCGGCAAAUCUCUUGGUUUGAAGCAAUCAGUGGAAAAAUUAUCAGAACUGGUGCUACACCUAGAAGAUGUAAUCGCCAAGUUGAACCAAAGUAACAUUCAAAAGGAUGAACGUCUACGCACUUUGGAAACUAAAAUUGAUAUGUUGCUGAAGGACAAUAAAUAG